AUGCAGACGGAGCAGCCCGUCGAGAUGGGCGAGAACGACCUUGACAGCAGCAGUAUCGCUAGCGACCCGACUGUUAAUGUGGCCAAGCCAGACACCUACAAGGAGCUCGUGGAGAAAUAUCCAGACAUGCGGUAUCAAGUUGGACGUGCUUGUGCCGUUGCUGGAUAUACAGACUUGUACCGGUCGCUGGAGCUUCUCCCUGAUGUCUCCAUCGCUGAAGAGGCGCGAGACAAUGCUCCCAGCGCGAAGGAAAUAUACUCUGAGAUCGUGUCAAGCCACGUCAGGUAUGCGGUGAUGGACGACUAUAAUCGUUCCGUAAACCUCGAUAAGCCGCGGCCCGGGGCACAGCUAAACGGCGACACUGUUGUGAGGUCAUCGCUUGACGUGACUAUGUCCAUAGAUGACUGGGUCAUCGACAAUGGCGAUGAGUAUUACAAUCGUAUAUUCGACAUUACUGAAGAGGGUGACAUCGGCCCCGAGACGAUGGGAGAGCUGGACCCAGCCCUGAAGCCUCACAAGGUCGAACUCCUCUACUCUCCGAUCCCAUACGACCUGCCGACAACAAACAAGGAGCUGCUGAUUCGCGUAGCAGCCUACCACGGCAAUAUCGACCGCUACGCACGCCUGCGCCGGCCUGGCGUCCGCAUGUCUGGCGGAGAGAAUUAUUACGUUCAGCGCGGCAUCUACCACAACAGCUUCUUCGCCAAGUGGUGGAUGCGAGAGGUCGCAAAUAUGACCAAGGGUGGCAACGAGACUGGCAUCCGCAUGGCAUCAACGCGCGGUUCAUCAUGA